ACGGCCUCACGACGCGGUCCGACGAGUGGAGCGGUCUCCUGCCCAGCUCCACGAUCGUGGGUGCUGGGGGGUCGCCAUGGCUCGGACUCGGCGCAGGAGGUGGCACGGGCACCACCACCGGGGGCGGAAGCCCCGUCGAACUCGAGGGUCACUGGGGACGUAAGCUCUACGGGGCGAGCGUAGCUCCGCCACCGCCGCCGCCUCAUCACCACCCGCGGGCGCCGCUCGUUUUCGCGCCUCAGGACAUGCGGCAGAUACUCAAAGAGGAACCCGUGCCACGUGCUUGGCCCCAGCCCGCGCUCGCCGAUAACGGAACAGUCGGAGUAGGCAGAGCACAUUUCGAGAAACAGCCACCAAGUAAUUUAAGGAAAAGUAAUUUCUUCCAUUUCGUGAUCGCACUCUACGAUCGACACGGUCAACCGAUCGAAAUAGAGAGGACUUCCUUCAUGGGAUUUGUCGAAAAAGAUCAGGAAUCCGAAGGCCAGAAAACGAAUAAUGGAAUCCAAUAUAGUCUACAUCUGCUGUAUUCAAAUGGUGUCAGACAGGUGCAGGAUAUUUACGUGAGGCUCAUCGACUCCGCGACGAAACAGGCUAUCAUGUACGAGGGACAAGAUAAGAAUCCUGAGAUGUGCAGAGUCCUCUUGACUCAUGAGGUGAUGUGCAGUCGGUGUUGCGAUAAAAAAAGCUGCGGAAACCGAAACGAAACGCCAAGCGACCCUGUGAUCAUCGACCGAUUCUUCCUUAAGUUCUUUCUCAAGUGCAACCAGAACUGCCUUAAGAAUGCCGGCAACCCACGCGAUAUGAGACGCUUCCAGGUGGUCAUUUCCACGCAAGUAGGAGUAGAGGGGCCACUACUAGCAGUCUCGGACAACAUGUUCGUCCACAACAAUAGCAAACACGGGCGCAGAGCGAAACGAUUGGAUCCCAGCGAUCCCGGCGAAUACAACAGUCUCUAUACACCCGUACCUCUCCAAACGCCGUGCAUAAAAGCGAUAUCGCCAAACGAAGGAUGGACGUCAGGUGGGUCCACAGUAAUAAUCAUUGGUGAAAACUUCUUCGAUGGACUUCAAGUAGUUUUUGGGUCGAUGUUGGUUUGGAGCGAGUUAAUCACGCCAAAUGCGAUCAGAGUACAAACUCCGCCGAGACAGAUACCAGGUGUCGUUGAAGUCACACUAUCCUAUAAGACUAAACAAUUUUGCAAAGGGGCGCCUGGUAGAUUCGUUUACGUUUCAUUAAAUGAGCCUACGAUCGACUACGGCUUCCAAAGGUUACAGAAGCUUAUUCCGCGACAUCCUGGCGACCCCGAAAAAUUACCGAAGGAAAUUAUACUGAAGAGGGCGGCAGAUCUGGCGGAAGCUUUAUACAGUAUGCCCAGAAGCGGAAACGCGGGAAUCACAGGUGCUCCAAGGAGUCCGGGAUCGGGUCAUCCGCCCGCGCCUCCGACCUCCAGUUCAGCGACGGCGUUCAACUCAUACACAGGGCAACUUGCAGUGGCGGUACAGGAAAAUGGUAGUGCGGCGAAAUGGACAGACGACGGUAGUUCCGUGACGACAGGAGCUGGUGCUGGAGGCGGUGGCGGUGGUAGCGUUGGAGGAAGCGUCGGUGGCAACGUCGACGCCUAUAGGCAGAGCAGUAGCGCGAGUCCACGUGGGGUUGUAACCGGUGGCGGUUAUUGCGGAAGUUCGGCCAGUACGCCUCACAGUCACAGCACCAAUGGAAGUUAUUCCGUCGCCAACCCUUACACCGGUAGCCCGACGCUUUACACAUCGCGACUAGGAGAGGUUGUCGGUUCACCGUUCAACAUGAAUCCGUUUAUGUUGCCCACCUGCAGCCAAGGGUACUCAAACGCCGCCAGUCCGCUGCUCUCGUCAAGUAACAAAUAGUGUUACGAGAUGUAAAACUCAAGUAUCGAAGUGUUGCGUCUACGUAGAUGCGAAAUCCGUCGGCACGAACUGUUUCCGCGGUUUCUAACGUUCUCAUAAUCGUCGUACACGUGGUUGACAAUCGCUUUCUCGAACUGAAAUCGGUCCUAUCGAUGUAUGUUUUGCUUUUUACUCCCAGCAAUCGCGCGAACGGAAGAGGAAACCAUUCUCGUCGGGGCACAGAGACGAAUCAAAUUCGGGAGAAUAUCGAAACCAGUGCAAAAAAAGAAAAGUUGAUAGCGUUUUAUGAUUAAUGAUCGAAUAAGUUAAGAAACGAUACAUAUCGAAGAACACGGUGUCUUCUGCGUCUAUCGACGUGGCCGUUCGGUUCGACUGUUUCGAAUGUGUACAACUUUCUUGUGAAAACAAAUCUCUAUUAACAGAAAAUGGAAAUUUAAACACUCGUUUUCCCGACAUUAAGAAAUAAUCUCCAAGUCAACACCUUUCGAAUGAUACCUAAUUUAUCUAUUUUAAAAUACACGCUUAAGUCAAUAUAAGGUAAAAGAUCUAAUAAGAAAUAGAUUAAUUAUUAAUUCUACUGUUCAUUUUAUUUAUUUAUUACUAUCCAGUCUUUUUAAUUUAACCAAGAGAUACUGCAACUUUUAAAAUCUCUAUUUUUGUUUCUAAAUUCAGUAAUUUGAGAAGAAUGUUUUAGGAUCUAUUACUGCCACCCCUGAAAUGUGUUCAACCGAAUUACUAACACCUCAAUUACUAUAAACUGGACAAAUACUGUCGAGAUAAAAGAUCUUAAAAGAUUUACGUCAAUAUCUACGUUUCCUUAAAUAGCUAAAACUUUGUAAUGCAUCGACGAACAAUAAUAUCAAUGACAAACGACAACUGUCGAAAGCUUCCCUAAUGUAAUUUGUUGGUAACAGUACGAAAUGCCUAAACAACCUAACAGUCUCAUAAAUUGCGUUCUAUCUGUUAAAGAAUAUAACAUUAUUGAUAUGUUGAACGUUCGUUACGGAAGUUAAUGAAAGUUUACCAAGAAAAGUAAGUUGCUUUAAACGAAAACAACCGAACGGCCAUAGUUCUUUUCGCGUGGUGGAUUAUGCUACUUUCGACGUAGCUAUCACGACACGAAGAGAUCAUUUUUAUCGAUAGACACGAAAUACCUUCUUUAGCCUGCGUCUUCUCUCGUACGUGGAAUAGCCGAGCGAUCGAAACUUGCGACAGAAUAUUUUUGAAGCGUUUUCCUUCGAUUUUGUAGGUACAUAGGUGCUCUCAGAAAUUCACCAAACAAUUCGGGAGUUGAAAAGCGACGGUAAUAUACGUGAUCGGGGGGUCGUUCACAGGGUGUCGAGCAAUUUUAUAUCAAACCGAGCGGAGAAGUGACGAGGGUCGAGAGAAAAAGACACCCACUUGACGGACAUAUCGCUUAUCAUUGAAUAACAGACAUCAUAGUUUUAGAGAACAUUUUCGACUUUGAAAUUUUAUCUUCCUACCCCUACAUUUUAAGAAACUAACCAAUAUCAGCUAGGUAGCGUAACGUCUAACAUGUAAUUUGUAAAUUUUCUUGUAAAUAUUGUUACGAUGUACAAAAAGACAGAAUUAUUUCUAGGAAUCCAACGAAACGAUAUUAACGUGAUUGUAGGACGAAAAAUUAUUAUAUAUAGGUGUAAAUAAUCGUAGAGCGUCCGUAGCUUAAUACGUAUGAUUGUGUGAUGAUAAUGGCGGCGAUCCAUUUUUUUAACGUGCAGACAACCCGUGCGUAUAGUCGGUAGGAAAGGUAUAGUGAAGUCCCGAAUGACCAAAAUCGAGGAGAAAAGUAGGGGAACAAUAAAUGGAACAAGGUUACCAAAAUUAACUGUCUUUUUCAUCCCGUUUGAGAUUCAUUCCACGUGAUGAUCGUCGAGACUAAUAGUAUUCCAUCAUUAUUUCCCAUUGCUUUAUUAACAGAAUAAUAGAAAAGGAGAUGGAGCGUAAAACUGAAGAACUCCUAUACAAGCAAUUCCCUAUCAAUGUUGAUUCAAAUUUUUUUAAGUAGAAUGGUAAAAUAUUCUUUCAAUAUUGUAUUAAACCAAAGUAAAUUAGUUAUAAUGAUUGAAGACUGAUCAAAAUCGAGACCGCCAAACGAACGUUUCGCAAUUGUAACACUUUGCAAUUCUAUAAACAUCGAACGAGGACUGACCAUAAUUCAUUGCCAUUCGAAUUUAAACACCUCGAAGAUCCGUUUAUAUUCUAUUUGUGAUUAUUCGUUAAAAUACACAGUGAAUCAAAAAAUUAUUGUAAUUAUUUAAAAAUGUUAAAAUCAUACAAAAUGUUAUGAAUGACGAAUUAUGUUACACGCAAAAUAUAAGAUGGAAACACUCAACCUGGAUAUAAAUGGACCUGAAAGAAUGUUUUCAAAGUGCUCUCCAUACUGUUACAUACGAAACAGUUUUUUCAGAAAAACUUUUUAACUUUGAGAGCACUUAAUUUCGAAUUUUCUUUAACUUUCCCUAUUAUAAAACGUUCUUCCAAUGUGUUCAAAGCUCUUAAAGGUCCAUUUAUAACGUGGCGUUAUGUCACAGCGUUACACACGAUGAAAAAUUAAUACAAUUGACGAGGGAACAGAAAUUUCUUUUUAUCUUAUCACGCGUAAAAUAUAAGAUAGAUGUGUAAAUGGACCUUUACUCGUAUCGUCUGUGUUUAAAUUCAACAACGAACGUGCUCGAUAAAGUUCACUAUAUUCCUUUCGCCGACCGUACAUCCCGAAACGUUUUUCGCCAACAGUCGCAUAAUAUUAAAUUCGUCAACAGAAAAGCCCAUGAAAACGAAGUCUGAACCAUCAUUGAUAACAUUAGCGUCAAUGGGCCACGUUAAAGACUGGAUCGACCUGUGACAACUGUGUAAAACGUAUAGUUGAUUUUGGAUCGUUUGAUAAGCCGGCCCAAAACAAAAUCCCGCACCAAACGAAUCUCACGAAAGUAUACGAAGCAUGUAACAGAAUCGAGAAACCCUAAUUAGUCCAGAUUUUGCAACAGUUUGCGAACGUAGAUCGUAUCGUUUGUCGGAACGAGCAACAUUAAAGAAAAUUAUUCUAGACAGUUCCUUUUUGCAUAUCGACUUGGCGGGCAUCCCUCGA